UGACAAUUUAUACAACUUUUGUUGCAACAAAAACAAAUAAAAAAAUCUCAAUAUUCCUCUCAGGCGAGAGAUUUUAAAGAAGCCCAGAAAAAUAAGAUAAUCCUAAAAUUUGAUCCGCCAUGGGAGAAGAGAAGUCUCUACUUCAAUUCCGUAGUGUUCCUUCACUCAGGACCUCUGAUUUUGCACUCACCGACGAACCUUCAUGGAGCCUCGGGAACAACGUGUCAUCAAAUCGCCGGACGGUGAACAAAAGAAGCGGUGGUGGCGGUUUUACCAAUUUCGCCUCCUUAUCUGUAGCGACUAGGAGAGAUCGGAAGGAAUCUCAGUUUAACGGUGGGAAUGACGGCGGAGGCGGAGCAUUCGCGUCGGUUUCGGUGGUGAUUCGCAAGGAGGAGGAUGAGUUCGCGCCUAGUUCGGCUCAGCUCUUGAAAAAUCCGGUCGCUUUACUGUCAUUCGUACCGAAAGACGCCGCACUGUUCUUCGCCGGAGCGUUCGCCGGAGCCGCCGCGAAGUCGGUGACGGCACCGCUUGACCGAAUAAAGCUCCUAAUGCAGACACACGGUGUUCGAGCUGGACAACAAAGUGCUAAGAAGGCUAUUGGUUUCAUUGAGGCGAUUACUCUUAUUGGAAAAGAAGAAGGUCUUAAAGGUUACUGGAAAGGAAAUUUACCUCAGGUGAUAAGGAUCGUGCCUUAUAGCGCAGUCCAGUUGUUUGCUUAUGAAACAUACAAGAAACUCUUUAGGGGAAAAGACGGUCAAUUGACUGUUCUCGGAAGGCUCGGUGCUGGUGCUUGUGCUGGCAUGACGUCUACUCUGAUUACAUACCCUUUAGAUGUGCUGAGAUUGAGGUUAGCUGUUGAACCAGGUUAUCGAACCAUGUCCCAGGUUGCCUUGAACAUGCUGCGGGAGGAAGGACUUGCAUCAUUCUAUAAAGGUCUCGGUCCUUCGCUUUUAAGUAUAGCUCCUUACAUUGCCAUCAACUUCUGCGUCUUUGAUCUGGUAAAGAAAUCUCUGCCAGAGAAGUAUCAACAAAAGACGCAAUCAUCUUUGUUAACAGCAGUAGUCGCUGCUGCUAUUGCAACUGGUACUUGCUAUCCAUUAGAUACCAUAAGAAGACAGAUGCAAUUGAAGGGUACUCCAUAUAAAUCAGUAUUAGACGCUUUCUCAGGUAUCGUUGCGUGUGAAGGAGUUAUUGGCUUGUACCGUGGCUUCGUUCCCAAUGCACUCAAAAGCAUGCCAAACAGCAGUAUUAAGCUUACUACAUUCGACAUCGUCAAGAAACUCAUUGCAGCGAGUGAGAAGGAGUUCCAAAGAAUCGCGGAUGAUAACAGGAAGAAAGCGAGUCCUAACACAACAGAUGAACAAACCUGAAACCCUGAUUUUGGAUUUCUGGAAGGUCAUAUUUUCCACAGUAAUCUUAUGACCUUUGUUAGUGUGUGUUUUGUAUUUCUUAAUGUAAUAAGUUGUAUUCCUCCUCCUAAUUCAUAAUGUUCCUAGAGCUUAAAGAGUGUGUGUUACAGUUUAUGGUAAGGUAAUAAAAUGUCUGUUUGUGUCCGAUUUAA